UUCACGCAGAGCAAUUUUAUCUUGUAAAGCGUCCUGAACGUGUGUGUAGUGUUUUUAAUCCGUUUUUAAUUCCGAAGACAAAGUCGCUUUGCCAACGCUUGCCAGGCACUGUACGAACGAAAAGCAAAUCCUACGUCCAUUUGUGUCGUUGUUUCAAAGUCGAAAUAUUACAAAAAUCAGCACCGAUGGCAAAAUCAACCAGUAUCCGACACAUCCUCGAUCUGUCGAAGGAUGAACAGAAAUCUUUCCUAAACUCGUUCGACACCCUGAUGUCCGAUUGUGAUGGCGUUCUGUGGAACUUUACGGGCCCAAUUCCGGGCGUCGAUAGGGCGCUCCAGUUGCUGCGAGCUGACGGUAAAAAGUUGGCCUUCAUUUCGAACAAUGGAAUGCGAACGAUGGACGAGUAUCGCAAGAAGUUCAACGCCCUCGGGAUCGACGUGAAGCAGGACGAAAUUGUUCAUCCGGCUCUCACGACAGUGCAUUAUCUGAAAUCAAUCGACAUGCACGAUGCGGUGUACUGUAUUGGCACCGAAGUGUUUAAGGACUAUCUUCGACGGGCAGGCUUUGCGGUCCUUGACGGGCCCAUAGAACGGUUCCCUGAUCAUAACCGAGCGGCAAACCAAGUCCGCGUGUACUCUGGAUACUUCGAGCAAGACGACGAAGAGCCGAUAGUCGGGGCCGUCGUAAUGGAUAUCGACGUGAAUUUGUCCCUGCAGCAACUGAUGAAGGCCAAGUGCUACUUGGAGCGCAAUCCGAACUGUGUUUUCAUUGCCGGUGCGACCGAUUACGAGAUUCCGCUGAACGCAUCGAUGGACGUCAUUGGACCGGGUUACUUCAUCGACAUUCUCGAGCGUUCCACGGGGCGCAAGGCACUCGUGCUGGGUAAACCGGGAACAGCGCUGGCGCAAGUGGUGCAAAAGCAGUUCCAGGUGACCGCCCCAAAGCGUGUACUGUUCGUUGGCGACAUGUUACCGCAAGAUAUGGGCUUCGGCACGCGCUGUGGUUUCCAGAAGCUCCUCAUGCUGAGUGGUGGCACUUCGAAGGAGACUUUUCUGGCGCACAAGAACGACGAUCAGAUGCCGAACUUUUACGCCGAUAGUUUCGCCGAUUUUUUGGAGCUCUACAACAAAAACAUACGCUACGAAGAGUGAGCGUGAGGCUCACUGUUGGCUGCUGCGAAAUUUUAUCAUCCAUCUCGUCUAUGUGUAUAUUUAACAGAUAAAUUAAAGAAAUCGGCAACAGGUUUG